AUGCAGGGCGCCAGGGCUGCCGCUCCCUCGGACUCCGACAGCGACGUGACCAACUUGGCCACGCACAUCGCCAACACCUACUUCCCCAACGGCCUGGUCCUCCUCGCGGCGACCACCUGUGAUGCUUUGCUGGCUGCGAGCUUCCUUCUGAUAUCGUUGAACACCCAGCUACGCUGGACCUUCGAGGUUGUCUGCGGGAAGCCGUACCACAGGUGGCCUCUUUUAUCUCACCAACCAUCGGCCUACAUUCUCCUGGCGCCAGUUCAAGUCAAGGAGAAGGAGAUCGCGGAACAGGUGGAGGUGCUGCGUGGGCUGUCCAACUGGAACGCCAGGGCGAAGUUCCUCGUCCUGCUCCUGCGGCACGCCGAGGACGACGACGAGGAGGCCGGCGCGCUCCACGACGUCCACGACGUCCUCCGGGAGCUGUGGCGUCACCUGGUGGUCGAGGCCACCGUCGCCAGAAAAGAGCGGGACUCGGUGUCUGUCUGGACCCACAGCCCCAUACUGCGGCCGGGGCAGGGGCCGUGGAGGGAGGCUGAGUGGCGGAACGGCCGUCUGCGGUACCUCCAGGGCCAUCUCCAAGGACAGCUCGAGCCGCCGCCGCGCUUGUACCAGCCACAGGUGGUCGCGGGGCGCCUGGCCAACUUCACCCUCAGGGCGGUCACCUUCGACUGGCCGCCCUUCACCAUCGCGGACAAGUGCCGGAACAAACUUGCCUCUGGCAUCGAAGUGCGCCUGCUGCGGUCUGCCGGGGACGCCCUCGGCUUUCGCCUCCAUGAGGUCCUUGCACCCGCCGCGCAGGCCUGGCCUGGCCUCAUGAAACGCGUCAACGAAGGCAGCGCUGACGUCGCUUACGCCGGCAUCAUUCCCUACGCGGAACGGUUCCUGCUCUACGACGCGUCCGGCGCCUACCUGCAGGACCGCACGCGCUGGUUCGCGACCACGCCGCGCGCCCUCACGGUGUGGGAGAGCGUGUACCACGUGUUCCGUCCGCAGGUCUGGCUCCUGCUACUGGUCUCCUACGCCACCACCGUGGUGCUGGAGGUGUCUUUCGCGCGGCUGUCUGGCCUCGGCCCGGACCUCGCUCAGUACGAGACGUGGUCCCUCGUGGUGCUGGACUCGUGGCGCGCCCUGGUGGACACGAGCGUUGGCGUGCUGCCCGCCUCCACCAGGGUGCGCCUGCUGUUCACGGCCUGGGUGCUGGGCAGCAUGCACCUGAACCAGGCCUUCCGCUCCCUGCUCACCAGCAGCCUCAGCUCGGCGCAGUACGAGCGCGUGCCGCGGACGCUGGACGACCUGGUGGCCAGCGGGCUGCCGUACGCCGCCUCCGACAUGACCAUGACGAGGCUGUACGGCGCCGAGGCCGACCCCUCGCCGAGCGUGCGCGCACUGCUGCUGGGCGGCGAGCGGUGCGCCAACCCGGCCGUGUGCAUCACGCAGAUGCGCCGCAAGCACCCCGACGGCCACGCCCUCGCCAUCAGCCAGAACUACGUGGCCUUCGCCGGCCGGCGCGCCGGGCUGGUGCCCAUGGACGACACCGUCAUCACCUACUUCAACGUCGUGCUCUUCAGGCGCGGCCACCCCCUGUUCGACCUGUUCAACCGCAACAUGCUGCGCGCCGUGCAGGCGGGGCUGGUCGAGUACUGGGAGGGCGAGGCGCGCCGCAUGUACCACGUGGAGCCGGACAAGCAGGCCGACAAGCAGGGCGCCGCGCGGACGGCCGACGGCCAGCGGCGAGGCCAGCGGACCCGCCAGCUCCGCCUGCACAACAUCGACUUCGUGUUCGCGGCGCUGUUCGCCGGCUGUGCGUUCGCCACCGCCUGCUUCGGCCUGGAGUGCCUCACGCCGCUGUGCAGGAGGAAGGCAGCCCGGCCCGCGGACCCUGCCCUGGAGCAAUACCACGCCUUCCGUGCAUGA